UUAGUCAUGUAUAGUAGGGAUAAUCCUGUCAGGUCAGACGCUUCUGUUUCGUAUCACAGGAAAAUCUAUGCGAACUUCAAAUGCAGUUUAUUUGUUUGAUAGUUCUAGUUCUAUAAUUACAUUCAACAGUGUAAUUUUAUUAUUUUUUAAAACUGUGGAAGGGAAAAAAUUUGAUUUAUACUAAAAACUUAUACAAGUGUCAACAAAAUGAUAGCUGUAAUUGCUAAAGUACUGUUGAAGGAGUUCAAAUGUAUGGAUGAUAUUUAUCUAAAUGCCGCUAUAUAUAAGCAGAUUGGAAGAGAUUCAUCCGUGAAGAAGAAAGUAGAUAACACUUUCAAAAUGAGAGUUCGUGCCAUUGUUAAUAAAAACAUUAUUUUUCGUAAAACCUUAGAGAAAUUAAUGUUGAAAAAAUACGAGUCUUGUCAGAAUUUCAAAUAUAAGUGGGAAAAAUGCAGUUCCGAAAUCGCAUCGACAGUAAAUUGUAAAUGCAGGAGAAAUAAAUUAAAGAACACUGGGAGAGAAGUCAAAAAAUUUGAACUUCUUGAUGGCAUCAAGAAACAUGAAAAGAAAAAUGAUGAGUUAAAAAAUAAAAAACAAUAUAAUACAAGAUCAAGAAAAUUAGUGAAAGAAAAGGAAAAUGUAUAGAAAACAUUGAGAAAACAUUAUUGCUUAAAUGAAAUAGAAAAAUAUUUUUAGAUGAUUUUGUUUAAUUAAAAUUAGUUUGUAAGCUUAAUUCCAAUGUAUAAGAAAUAUUUAUACUGUUUUGAUUCAAAAGUAAUAUUAUUUGUUUGAAGAAUUAUGUUUCAUAUAUUCUGUUUUGGUUUAAACAAAAAAUAUAUUUAGGAAAUUGUAUGUUUCA